AUGUACGAUGACCUUCUUCGUUUGGAGCUGUUCGGAAAGCGUGCGGACAUUAUAGGGUUUGCUGAUGAUGUGGCGUUCACCCUUAUAGGGAGGGACCCGCAGGAAAUCAGCAACCUUGCUACGAGGAAUCUGGAGAUGAUCGAGCGUUGGAUGGAUGGAGUGGGAUUGAAGCUGGCCCAUCAAAAGACCGGCUACAUGAUCUUCUGCACUCAUCACAACCCGCAGGGCAUGGGUUUCUCCGGAGCUACUUCGUCGAAAAAGGCAUCCUCGACGGCUCGCCAAACUGCCCGGUGUGUGAACACCAAGUGGAAGAUGUCGACCACGUAA